AUGUCUACAACUUUUACUAAGCCUCGCCCAACAGUUCCACCGAAACCUGCAAGACUUUCUGUAAGUGCUCAAAAACACAAUUCUAGCUAUUCUCUGAAUUCUAUAACAACCGAUUCAAAAAAUUCAACAGACUCUAUUAUUACAAAUGGCUCUUCUUCUUCCACCACCUCCUCUACCCUCACUAUUACAACAAACACCAGCAUUUCAGAAAUGUUACUAAACUCUCCAAACUUAACAGAUUCACCAACACAAAGCUCACCAAUAGAACAAAACCAUCAACGACGACAACAAGGAGAGGUAUAUGAAGAAGGAGGAGAACAAAGCUAUAUUGAUCCAUCAGAGAUUUAUUUACCGCCUGUUGGUCGUGAAGCUAGAGCAUUAUAUGAUUUCAGUGGUGAAGCAUCGUAUCGCGAAUUGUCUUUUAAAGCAGGGGACGUUUUGAAUGUUUUAAAGGAAAAUUUGGCAGAGGGAUGCGAUUCCAUCAAUUCAACAACUUUAAUGUCAUCACCAUUAUCAACGACAACAGAAGUAAUAGUAAAUGGAUCAACAACAACAACGACACCAUCAUCAGCGCGUAAUAGUACAAUACUGGGUAGAAGACAAUUGAAUAGGUUUAGUUGGUUUGUGACAACUGGUGUAGAAGAAUUUAUAUUAAGUGGUGGCCAACCAUUGUUAACAAGUGAAAAUCAUAGUAGUGAUGACAAUGUUCAUCAUCAUCAAAUAGAGAGAUCUGAAGAUGAAGAUGAAGAACAAAUAACCGAAUCUGAUAAACAUUAUAUUGAGAGUGGACCAAGCUGGCAAGAAAAAGCACCAACAUUUAAAGUAUUAGUCCAUAACCCAGAAAAAAGAGUAAAACUUGGCGGUGUUCAAGAAUAUACGAUAUUUUAUGUCACUUCAUUAUUUACAGAAGGUGCACAGGUCACAGUCGAAAGAAGAUUUAGCCAAUUUGAAUGGCUGCAUAGACAUUUAGCAGCAAAAUUUAGUGCCUUCAUAUUACCACCACUUCCAGAAAAACAAUAUGCUGAACGUUACAUUAAUCGAUUAGCUCGACAUCCAGAAUGGUAUAAACGAGAAAAGCAAUUUGAAUCAGAUCAGAUUAUUGGACAUGUAUUUUUUCAACAUGUUUAUCAUCCAGAAUACAAUGUCGACGAUGGAGAUGUUGAAACAAUUGAAAGAUUUGAAGCACAUUCACGUGCAAUGGAAAAGCUUAUGCCGUUUAUUAACGAGGCAUCACAAUCUCAUAAAGAUUCUGUCGAUGAAAUGCAAAAACAAUAUCGUAAAGUUAGUUAUGCUUUAUUAAAACUUAUUACUGGUCAUAAUUUGGGAGAAGGUUAUGAAAUGUUGAAUGAAGAAGGUGCUUGGUGUUGGAGAGAUGGUUGUCAAGCUUGUCUUAGUCUCACAAAGGCGCUCCAAUCAAUUGCGGAAAGCAUGCAAUCAAUAGCUAACAUAUAUGAAACAUAUUCAAACGAAACUUGUAUGCCAUGGUUAGAACAUAUGAAAGAUUAUAGUUAUCCUGCCAGUAAUUAUGAGCCAUUGAUUGAUAUGCAUACGGGAACAUAUAGGAAGUUUAAAGAAGUUUCUGAUGAAAAUGCAAAUCAUCAAUUGUUGGAGGAGGUAGAUCUUGAAACAGUUAAAUCGCGUUGUGACACUGUGUUUAAUGUCACACUAGCAGAAGUUGAUCGAAUACAUGAGGAAAGAGUUCAAGAUUUUCGUGAAGUUACUAGACAAUACCUAGAUGGACAAAUAGAAUUUCAUGAAAAGGUUCUCGAAGAGCUUCGACAGGCUCGAGCAAAUUUUGAUGAACCACAUUAUUCUUCAUUAUCGCAAACGCCACUUUCUGAGAUUGUUGGUGGUGUUGUUGCAGAUGGUGUCGAUAGUUUAAAUAAUUUCUUGAGACGUACUACUAGGAAUUCGAUUAGCAGGAGCACUGUUUUGGAUAUGUGGUGGAAUAGGAAUAGUUGA